ACGAUCUUCGUCCACGAUGUUUCACUCGGACUUUUCAGCUAGCUGCUGCUGCAAUGUAAGAACCUGAAACGAGUAUCCCCGCGCCAGACCGACGGAACAACAUGUCAGGAGCACUACAGGAGACGAAUGGUGAAAGCUGUUGGUGUAUCGGCUCCUUUGAAUCAACUGAGGGAGAUAUGAGAAUUUCAAGGACACUACUUCCUCCUCUAAGACCUGACACCACGGUGUGAGCCAAGUAUCCAGUCUUAGUCAGUCUGAAGCUUACAUUUCAUCCCUAGAGUUGUUAAGAAGACGGAGGAAAACUGCUUCUGUAUUUCUCUGCCUCAAGACCCCUUCUUGACUCUUCCUCAGUCUCAACAUCAAACUCUAAAACGCUUAGUUAAAGCAGAAACCACUUUGCCUCAGGAGAAAAACCUUUUGUGCCUGCUUGUCUUAGCCUCGCGUGAAGGCUUCAAUCUCUGCAUCACUACCAAGAGUUGACAGUCCUGCCGGUUCUCCACCACAGGCGUUUGGCUCAAGUGUUGUACUGCUGUCACUGCAUCUGUGGCGGCAGUUAUGUUUGCUGUUGGUCAGGAGUUAUCAAGAACUUGUAGUCAAUCUAUAGUGACCAACAGGAAGUUUACAACUCUAUCCCACUGGAGCUGACAUCUCAAGAGUAAUUCCUACAAAAGAAACACUUACUGAGAGGAGAGCUACCAGGAGGAACAGGAAAAAGAAGGCUUCUCCACCUCAGGCUUUGGUAUUGUCUCGACUGUUAAUUCCUAUCCUGCCUAUCAAUUCCCACCCGCGACCUCUGCCCCUAAACUCAACCUGUCAGACAUAACCACAUCUUUGUUGAGCGGUGCCAUGCCCACCAAUCAGUCUUCCCCCUGGGGUGGGGCAAAGCUCCGGGCUUGCUCCAACGCAGAUAGUCCCACCACUACAACCUCUGUCAGUACACAUGCCAAGACAGUUGCGGCCACAAAAGUGCCUUUAACGCUGACGUCCCUCGAGUUGUCCAGGAGAAAGGAUCAAGCCAAACCUCUCUCCUCUAAUGUUGCCUCAUUUGCUUCCCCCUUGAGGCAGAAAGCAGUGGCCCCAUCUGUGGUUCCUGUAGGGGCGAAUGGGGAUGAAAAUAAAACUAACACCCAGAGCCGAUUCACAGCUGUGCCAGAUGGGACUCCAGACCUGCCACAACAACCCAAUGGCAUUCAAAACACAAACCAGGUACUGACAGCAGGACUGAAGCAGGCUGGUAGCAGCCUCGCAGAGACCAGUACCCCUUCCUUUAUCCCCAAGAAGGUGCGCCAGAUUGGGUUUAAUGUCCAGCUGAUGGGCACUAUGCAGGAAUGUGUGUCGCUGCAAACGUCGCAACCUGGAAACAGUUUGGCAACAAGCAGAUGUCAAGCUGCCACGGGUGAUGGGCCGCUGGGAUUGGAGUCAUUAUGUCAUCAAGACCUGGUUAUCAAAGGACAGCCCACUCUGCAGCAAACAUACAAGCUCAUGCCUGAAGCUGCAGACUGUUCCUCCUCGCCAUCAGUGCCUCCUCUGUGCCUUACUCUUUGCGAACAUCAGGGGGCAGCAUUGGGAAAGGAUGCCUCCAGCCUGGACAGCACAGCAGUAGGAACAAGAAGCACAUCAGGGGAAACAACAACAACAACAACUACAAGAAGGAGCCACUCUGCUAAACAAGCAACAAAAUGCAGUCAGACCCAAAACGGCUGCACAACAGUAGCUGCUUUAAACAAUCAGUUGGUAGUGAGAGGUGGUCCUCCAGCAACAACAAACAGCAAACCCCAAACAGUAGUACCACUUGACUUAAAGCAGGCUCCAGCAAAUCAGUGUUUACCGGGUCGCACCUUGUCGACAUGCAAAAGAAUCAGCCCUCCAGCAGUCAGUCCCUUUCCACAUGGCCCCAUGCCAAAUGUGCACAUUGCCAAUGUCAGUGCCACUCAGGAGAAGCAGGACACACCGCUGGAUGCCAUCACAGCUGUGGCCUCCAGUCCUGCAGGAGCCUUGGUUGGCUCUGUGACCACUCAGAUUUCUGCCAUCCACCUAACCAGGGAUGGACAUCCUGUGUCCAUGUCGGCUUCACCCCCAUUCAUUUCUUCACCCUCGCCAACAGAGGAGUGUCUAAAUGGAGAGACUCAGCUGUCUGGCCAGGAUUGUGUUAUGCAGGUGGAUGGAGUUGAGGAGGAGCUGCCUGAUGAGCUGGAAAACGCCUGUAGUGAUGACGAUGACUCAGAUUGUUCGUCCAUCAACGGUACCUCAUCCACAGCAUCCAUCGGACUCCUCUCUAGUGUUGAGGAGCCGAUGUCAUUGGGGGCUGAAGAUGAUAGAGAGGAGAAACCAGCUUUGGUUCCCAGUCUGUUCCCCUUCAUUCCCCCAACACUUUACUUCAGCACGGCCAAUGAGAAAGUGGAACUGCUGCCUGUUGAACAAAGACGACUGUUAAAGUGGAAGAUCAGUACUGUCACUCCAAAUAUCGUCAAGCAUACCAUCAACAGGUCACACUUCAAAGCCACCAAAAAAAGCCAUGACUGGUUGGGCUGCUGGGGACACCACAUGAAGUCUCCCGGCUUCAAGGCCCUUGGAGAGCACCAGAAGUUGAACCACUUCCCAGGAACCUUUCAGAUUGGCAGGAAGGACCGGCUGUGGAGGAACCUGUCCAAGAUGCAGGCCCGCUUUGGCAAACAAGAGUUCAGCUUUUUCCCCCGCACCUUCGUCCUUCCUCAGGACAUCAAGCUGCUACGCAAGGCCUGGGAGGACGGCGGCUCCAGGCAGAAAUGGAUCAUCAAACCUCCUGCGUCAGCCAGAGGAAUAGGUAUCCAGGUCAUCCACAAAUGGAGCCAGAUGCCCCGCAAGAGACCGCUACUGGUCCAAAAGUACCUUCACAAACCCUACCUUAUCAGUGGUAACAAGUUUGACCUGCGGAUUUACGUCUACGUGACCUCCUAUGAGCCGCUCAGAAUUUAUAUCUUCUCUGACGGAUUGGUCCGUUUUGCCAGCUGCAAGUAUUCGUCUUCCAUGAAGACUCUGGGAAACAAGUUCAUGCACCUGACCAACUACAGCGUCAACAAGAAAAACUCUGAAUACCAGUCAAACAGCGACGACAAGGCCUGCCAGGGACACAAAUGGACUCUGAAGGCCUUGUGGCAGUAUCUUGGUUCUAAGGGAGUCAACACCACUCUGAUCUGGGAGAAGAUUAAAGACAUUGUGAUCAAAACCAUCAUUGCGUCAGAGCCAUACGUUAACAGCCUGCUGAAGAUGCACGUCCGGACACCUUACAGCUGCCACGAGCUGUUUGGCUUUGACAUCAUGCUGGAUGAGAAGCUCAAACCCUGGAUCCUGGAGGUCAACAUAUCACCAAGCCUCCACUCCAACACAGCGCUGGAUGUUUCGGUCAAAGGUCAGAUGAUCAGAGACCUCCUGAACUUGGCAGGCUUCCAUAUUCCCCUCAAAGAUGAAGUGGUUGCCCCCUGCGGUAGCGCCUCCAGCUCCACCAGCAGUCUGAGUGGGGGGAGCAGGGAGAAGACCAAGCUGGAUCUGUCUGCUGAUGAGAAGGUCAAACGGGCCUUUUACCUCACGCAGCGCUACGCUGACCAGGACUUCCUCUCUACAGUGUUGGAUGUCUUGACUCCAGAGGAUGUUCGUGUGUUGGCAGAGAGUGAAGACGAGCUGAGUCGGCGAGGACAGUUUGAGCGCAUUUUCCCAUCACCAUCCUCAUCCCGCUACCUUCGCUUCUUCGAGUGUCAGAGAUACGUUAACAUCCUGCUGGACCAGUGGGAGCAGAAGUACUGGAACAACAGGACUAAAGGUAUCAGUCUGCUGAUGACUCUCUGUGAAAAAGGAGUCCAUCUUGGAACCAACGACCCUGAUCACAUGUGGUCCAAAUGUAGCUACGUGUCAAGGUUUGGACCCCACAGACAAGAGCCUGUUGGCCCAUUGAGAUCCAGGGUGGUGGUCACCCAUCAGCACCACUCCCAACGGGAUGAUGAUGAUGACGAAGGUUCAGACAGGGAGGCUGCUUCAGUCUCCAGCCUGCCUGUUACACCAAGUCCUGGAUCCAGUGUCACCAGCAGUGCCUGUGCAAGCCCUCAGCCCAGCCUCAGCCAGAGCCUCCUGCCCCAUCAGUUCACCUCGCUCUGAGACUCGGUUUGCUAACACAGUGUUCAGCACCCAGAACAGACACAGAGUUUAGGGUCCGUGAGUCUUAAACUCCUCUCACACACCCCUCUAUUGAUCUUACAUGUCGAACAGCUGGAGGAAUAUACUAAAAUCUGUAAGCUUGAGCCCAACCUGAACAAACACUGUAGAACAGAGUGGACUUUGGUCUCUAACAGAAUUAUAGAUGGCUAUUAAUAGGAAGUACUACAGUAACUAUAUACAGAUUUGAUUUAGUGCAGAAAAUGGUGGCAGAAAUGUUUUGAAUGCUUGAUAUUUAACACAGCAGUCAGUUAAUGGUGGCGUACGGUUUCUAAUCUUUCUAAUAACAGUGAUUGUUAUGUUUUAUCUAAUUAACUACAACUCAUUAACAUGCCAACGAUUGUCAGACUGUAGAUGAAAUGUAUUCUGAGCUUCGUAGCAGCCAAUGAUUUCAAUUAAUUCUGUGCGAUGUAAAAAUAGUCCUGCAGAAACAUAAAUCAUGCUGGAGAUACAUGAUCACUCACAGUGAACUUCCUGUUUGUCAAAUUUACAUUGUUACAUGUCUUAACCAGGUGAUCAUGGUGUGAUUGGAAAACAAUAGAAGCAGACGUAACAGGUGUGACAGUUUGAGCACUACAUCAGACCGUGUAUUAUCUUUAUCUCAUCUCAUUAUCUCAUUAUUAGCAUGUGAGCAUGCUCAUUAAGGCCAGGUACAAAAUGAUACUGUACUGCAUGAAAAAAAAAUCAGCUGAGGAAAGUAUUCAGAAGAUGUAGCAAAAUAUCAACAAAAAACACAGUUGUCCAGCAACCUUGCUCAACUUUGCCUCAAUGCAAAUCUCAAUGUCAGGCAAGACAAGGCAUCGCCCAAUCAAGUACGAGUUAGCCACAUGCCUGGUCCAUUCUUAAUUCUGCUAUUUUCACCGUUAUGGUCCUGACAUUAAAGAUUUAUGUGAUAACUUAUAGUCCACUGUUCAGUAUUUCGCUAUAGAUAGGUAUUAAAACUCAUGGAUAGAGUUAGGACACUGUAAAAACUUUGAAACCAGUUUUGUAUUGAGCCCAACACUGGACUGUGUGUACCAAAAUUUACCACUAGGUGUCACACUUGGCUCAGCAGCUGCUCCUGAGUGAAACAUAAUGAUACAGUGUCCCAACAGCAAGCGAGCGUCCAACUAUCGUGUUGCAUCUUGUAACAUCAGAGCUCUCUGUCUAUGCUUAAUCUGUUAAAUAUGCACCUCUGUUACACGCUUUAUAUAGUGACAUUUACUAUGGUCAUUUUUCAGAAACUUUCAGCUCCCUGGCGAUCUCCCUUCAGCCAACUGCUACCUUAAUUUGGUGGAGGUGUUGUCAGUAACUACUCAUGUCAAAUUUAUUAAGCAACCGUUCCCUCAUCUAUUGCGGCACUUUCAAAGCGAGCGACAUGAAUAAAUAGUAACGCGGCGUCUGAAAUAAGUUCGGCUCAAAAUGACGCAACCUUUGCUCAAGGCCAGUUAGGACAGUUUUUAUCAAAAAUGUUGCCAUACUAGUGCAGUUGUAGUUUUCUUGAGAGACUAACUCUGCCAUGUCUCAUCUUGGCAGAAAAAAACACGGGAACUUUCUUGUAAACAAACAGCUUGCAUCACUCGUCACCCCUCCCAUCCCCCACCCCUGCUGAAAUUUGAUCUUCUUUAUGUUGCUCUCUUGACUCAGCAGUAAAUAACACAUGGCCUAGUGGCUUCAUUAGGCCUUUUUGUAAACAAACAUUAUAUUGUUAACCACGUUGUCAUGUGUCUUUUUACUAAUGCAGUAUAAGUUUGAUUUAGCUCUGUUACGCUAUCAGCACAGGACGCUGAUGUAAGCUACUUGCUUUUUUUGUCAGAUUUUUUGCCAGAAUGUGUCAUAAUGAUGACAAAUGCCAGUUUAGCCAUUUUAGAUAAAGUCAAACCCAUUUAAGCUCAUACAUCUGACUGGAAAUUGACUCAUGGCUGUAUCACUCAAAUUAGAUGGUACUUCAUCUUCUCACUGGCACCUGUAGUCACUUGUGUUUUUAAAACGUGGUGCCAUUUUUGGUGAACACUACAAGCGUUGUUCCUCACUGGCCUUAAGUACUUAACUUAAACUGUGAAUACGACACACUGGGCUUCCUCACAACCUCCACCACAAAGCAGCGUUAGCAUACAAGGCUGUUGGUUUGUGUGUUUGAUACACUCACAUUAUCAAGAACAAAACUGCAAAGCCAACACAACCUUACAGAAUUCAGUGGUCCAAAGUUGAAGUGACAAAUGAAGACACAAUACUGUGAUUUCUCUCAUGUCUUCAAUCUAAGACUGUUGUUGGUUUGGUGUUAAGAGGACUGUUGAGCAACUGAUUGCACAAGUGUCACAUUCCUACUGGCCUUAUGGACUCAAACUCUUCUUUGAUGUGUGGGAGUGAGGGAGUGAUCACACCAAGAUGAAAUGCCAGAAACGCGACGCCAGUAAAACCAUUGUUUUCCUAUGAUACAGCGCAUCUGACCGGCGUUCAAGUGUCUUUUUAUACGGGCGUUUUUCCGGCGUCUUUUCAGACACACGUUUUAGUAGACGCGUCUUUUUAGACAUGCGUAGAUGCUGAAAAGUUAAAAUAUUUUCAACUUUUUGAGCGUCAGACGCCAGUAGCUAGUGCACAUUGAAUAAGUGCUUCCAGCGUUUCAAGCAUCUUUGAAGCGUCCGUGUCUCUAGCGGCUCAUUUCUGUGUGAUCGCCCCCUAAACAGGCGAAGAAAAAGGGCUCAAAUGAGGGGACGGACAGGGAGUUGGAGCUGACCAGAUUUUGUGUGGUGUGUGUUGAGAUCUCUGCAGAUUACUUUAAACAUCUUUAAAAGUGUCAGUACUUGAUUUUAUUUCUACUGGUUGGUGGUGUUACUGGUGUGUUUGACAAAACCUCAUUUAUUGAAUGAUGUUGACUCAUGACAAUUAGAGAUACUUGAAGAUGAAACCUAUAUUACUUGGUCUUACAUGCAUGUUAGCAGAUAAAAAACUAAUAUUACCAGUGGCAAUUGUAAUUUUAACUUAGAGCAGUUUAACUCUGUCAUAUUGAAAUCAUUGCAUAACUAAUUUACUUUAAAAAUGGGCUUUCUGUGUGAUGAUUACUUGUACAUGAAUUAUAUAAUAUAGAAUUAAAUAGAAUAUAUCUUGAAAGCUGCCAAAUCCAAGUCGAGCACCAGAAUCUAACCCUGCAGAACCCGACGGUGUGUUUUCACAAACAGAAAUGUAUUUUAGAAAGCACCUCUUAAAAACUCAUUCACACUGUGAGUUGAGGGGUAAUUAACUGUUGGAUUAGGGUUCGGUGUUUCCUGCUUAAGGGGAACCCGUUUAAGAUUUCCUAUUGUAUCCUCAGGGGAAAAUCUUGUUUUCAAAAUGUAUACAUCUACUGUGAGGACACUACUUGAAGUUGCAAAUGCUUGGGUACACUUUAUCUUAGAGCCAACAUCCUUUAUGACAAACUGACAGGCAGAACUGGUUGUAGAUGAGAAAGGUGUAACUGUCACAUGAAAACAUCCACUUCUUUCUUUGUCUUUGUCUUACCCACGUGAGUAUUUGAAAUUUUCCGAUGUCAUCAUGACAAGACCCGUCACGAUAUUAUCAUUUUGAGACCAUUUACUGUCAGUGAUAUAACGAUAAUAGCAUUAUAAUGCGAGUACACCCUUUCAAAGAAAAGUGAACUUUUAAUUCUUGAGAAUUUUCAGAUAUUUUAAUUGGAAUAUGAAAAAAUAUUUAACUUUUUUUUUCUUUUAAAGUAAUCAACACCUGUUAAUAUAUACAAGAAAGUAUAUAUAAAAUUAGUUUAGCAAAGCCUCAGGAACACUGCAGUUACCUCCAUAAUCUUGCUGGGGUGCUGCUGCAGUCGGCUCCCUAGGACAGACGGCCUGGGAGCCGGCGGGUUGCUGGUGGAUUUACAAAAUGGAGGAUGAUGUUGUUGAAGGGUAAAACUACAUAUGACAGUUUUUGACUCGUUGCCAAUUGGUUGGCAAGCUAACAAUUAUCAGAACUGGGACUCUUCCAUUCCAAAAGUGCAGCUGCAGGCUACUUGUAAGCUACACUGUGUCAUCUCUGAAGUGUUUGCUUUGGACUCGCACAAGUAGGCAGGAGUGGAGAGGGGGGAAAAAAGGGAAAAUUGCUACAUCCAAGUCGUAUAAUGAUCGGGACAACCCUACCGUUUAUUCAGGCAUCAUGUUGGUUCAAAUGUUGUUAUGUGAACAAAUCCUCAUUUAAACACAGAGGGCAAUAUCGAGGUCAGUAAAAUAAUCAAGGUGUUGUCCAUAUAUCGUACGAUAAGCCGAUAACAUAAUUAUUGUGACAGGCGUGAUUAUGACGCCCUGUGUUAUAUCUUCGUGGACAUGAUUUGAAAAGUAUUUUUUUCUGUCAUUCCUGCUGUAAAAAGUUACAGAAACGUGUGGAAGCUAACUUUUUUACAGAUGAGUUUUAUUAUGCAAUUUACUAACAGAUGCCAAACUGCUGUGCAGUGUCAGUAUGUGGCAGACUUUUUGUAAAUGCUAACUUUUAUUAAUACUUAAUUAUUAAACAUGGAAUAGAAGGAGAAAUAAGUAUAUAAGUGCAGUAAAAUUCAAAUUUUGGCAUAGGUCAUUGUUUAAAAAGAAAGCUCUGACUGAUCAGAGUAACUAGAAUAACUUCAUGCAGCUACUAAAGGACAUGCCAUAGACUGUGUAAUGGAUGGACGACAUGACAGCUUUCUCAGAGUGAAGUCAAGACAUCUGGAUCGCCCCCUUGUGGUUGCCUGCAGUAUAGGUCACAAACCCUGCUCCCUCCAUGUUCGUGGAUGGGACAUGGGCCAAACUUAAAAACUUGAAGAUGGUUUCUGUCAUUUUGGGUAGUUCUUAUCAGGCUGUAGUUUAGUUUAGUUCUAGUUAUUUGAUGCUAUAAAAAGGGGGGUUUGACAUCAUAACUGACAGCUACGUGUGCUCGCUAUCAGUGGUGCUGCUAGAAAUUGGUACAGGUGUACGGAUAGGGACUCGAUACCACUGAGGUCGCUGCUGCGCAGACUCUGGCUCCAAAUGAUGUCACCAGCAUAACAUGGCAGCGGCCAUAUCCGAGAUAUUUUAGCUUUAUUUUUGUUCAGUGGGAGGAAGUAGACAUGUGUCGUCCAUGUUUAUAUACAGUCUAUGGGACACGCUAACAGAGAAGCAUUGCUGAGGAGAAAUGCUGUGAAAUUCCUUUUAUUUCUGUAAAAUCUUGUUAUUACUUUGUGUAAUAAUUAAAUAAUCUUUUAGUCUAUGAAAUUUCAGAAAAAUAGAGAAAAAGACUGGCCUCCCAGAGCUGGAGGCGACGUCUUCAAACUGCUUUGACACACAGUCAUAAUGUUAAAACAGAGACUCAGAAAAUCUUAAUAUAUGAGAAUGUUUAGCAUUUUUACUUGAUAAAUAAUAACUUCAGCAAUAAGUGGACCAUCAAAGGUUUUGUUGAUUUAUCAAGUAGUCAACAGAAAAUAAUUUUAGUGAAAGUUUGCAAACAGGAAAUAUGUAAAAUAUUGAAUCUCAUAGGAAAAAGUAUCAGCAUUUCAAGAUUGCUUUUCAGCUGUUUCUCCUCCCCGUCUUCACCUCUUGUAAGACACCUUUCAGUAUCUUCAGUUCAACUCACAUUUCUCUGUCUGAGUAGAACCUCUCGCUGUAUUAGGCUACACCCACACUAAUACGUUUUCACUUUAAAUGCAAAGCUAUUGCUAAGUUUAUGCCUAGCACCCAGACUACUCCGGCGUUUAAAAUCCCUGAAACGGAGUCCUUUAAAAACGCUGAAACUCUGGAAACUGAAAACUAAAUGGUGCUGUUUUAAAAUGAAAACAAAUUAGUGUGGAUGAAGCCUUUGCCUAGCAUUUUAAAUCUACCAUAAGUCAUUAACAGGCCAUUUCAGAUGGUUGUGUAUGUUUUUGCUAAUUCUGGGUAUGACAUUAAAUACAUUAUGUGUUAAAAACUUUUCCUAUUCUGCAGUUAUUUAAAAUACAGGAUAAAUAAGCUAAAACAUGCAAAACCGUAAGUGUUAUUGUCUGUUAAACUGCUCCUCAGUGAUGAUCCUCAGGGACUUCCUCAGGCCCCUGCGACACAAAAGACGUGUUCAUAAAUGACCGUGUAAACUUUCAACCCCACGCGGGGUAAUUCAUUCAUCAUUCACUCAUACUGGAGUCUUAAUGUUUUCAUUUGACAGUAGUGACAACCUGCUCUGACACAUUCAGCUGAUUUCACUUCACAGGCGCACCGCCGUCAUGUUUGUUGGCUGCUUUUCAGAGUUUAUAUAUAAUAUAAAUUUAAUUAAUAACUCUGCAUUUGAGGUUGUUUUUAACAUAACAGAAAUGUAUUAAGUAAUGGGAUAUGGUCAUAUUUUUUAACUAACUUGACAAUUGUAAAAUGUCCACAUCAAAGGGCUCUAUGAGUUGCUCAGGAUGACAGUUUCAAAAUAAAAGUUAUUUGUGGUACAAGU